GACUAUGGAUUAACUUCAUAUCAAAUUCCAUUUCUCGUAUGAACUGCAUGUUUUGAGUCUACUUUUUUGCUAUUAGAGGGGGGAAAAAAUGAAGGCAUCAAGCAUUCAAUCCGUGGUGAUAGUUCUCCUAUUAUGUGUCUCAUUGGGGGUGAUGGAAGCAGGGGCAGGUACUGCCAAAACAGGUCCAGGAGGCAAACCAACAGGUCCAGGAGGCAAACCAACAGGUCCAGGAGGCAAACCAACAGGUCCAGGAGGCAAACCAACAGGUCCAGGAGGAAAACCAUCAGGUCCAGGAGGCAAACCAAGAGGUCCUGGAGGCAAACCAAGAGGUCCUGGAGGCAAACCAAGAGGUCCUGGAGGCAAACCACAACCGCCUGUCAAGCCACAGCGUGUGACAUGCUACAACCGUGGUAGCAAAUGCUUUUUGAAAUAUGUAACCUGUCCAGUUGAGUGUCCCAAGGUCCAACCGAAAGAUGGGAAAUCUAAGGGAUGCUUUCUUGAUUGUUACUCCCCCAAAUGUGAGGCUGUUUGCAGAGGGCGUAAACCAAAUUGCAAUGGCGUGGGAGCUGCCUGCUUUGAUCCUCGUUUCAUAGGUGGAGACGGGAUCAUGUUCUACUUCCAUGGCAGGAGCAAUGAGCAUUUCAGCUUGGUCUCUGAUAUCAACCUCCAAAUCAAUUCCCGAUUCAUUGGUCUCCGCCCUGCUGGACGAACCCGAGACUAUACAUGGAUCCAGGCCUUGGGUCUCAUGUUUGGCUCUCACACCUUUACACUUGAAGCCACAAGAACUGAAAAAUGGGACGGCAAGGAAGAUCACUUGCAGUUCUCUUAUGAUGGAGAAGCUUUGUCCAUUCCAGAAGGGCUCUACUCGGAAUGGACAUCUCCAGAAAAUAAUCUCAAAGUGGAGAGAAUUGCAAGCAAGAACAGCGCCACAGUCACCCUCUCAGAAGCUGUAGAGAUAUUAGUUAAUGUGAUUCCAGUGACGGAGGAAGAUAACAGAAUCCACAAUUACCAGAUACCUUCCAACGACAGUUUCGCCCACUUGGAAGCACAAUUCAGGUUCUUUAAUCUGUCAGCUCAAGUAGAGGGAGUUCUUGGGCAGACUUACCAACCUAACUUCCACAAUACAGCAAAAGCGGGUGUUGCAAUGCCUAUUGUUGGUGGGGCGGACAAGUACAGGACUAGUUCUAUUCUCUCGGCAGACUGUAAGUCAUGCCUGUUCUCUCCCAGCAACAACGUGACAGGAGAGGGCUUACUAUCAAUGGAAUAUGCCACACUUGACUGCACUGGUGGGGUUGGCAGCGGCAAUGGAAUAGUGUGCAGGAAAUGAACACCUGCAUGCCUUCGGUUCUUCUCUUAUGUGAUGUUUGUUUGAAGUACGUACUAUAGUAUUUAUGGAGUCCUUUUGAAGGUAAAUUUUUCACAGUAAAACUGCUGUGUCAAAUAAGGGUUUAGUAAGGUUUGUGAUGGUCUCUCUUUAGAGACAAUAAGCUUGGAUUAUUCGAAGUUUAGUCCAGGCAUGUGGGUAGUUGAUUUUCCUACCAGAAUCAAUUGUAUUUCUAGGUGAAAGAUAGUAAAAUCCUC